UGUGGUUAAUAAUUAUUUUUUUAGUAUACGCAUACUAAGUACGUUAUGUCAGUAUGCAAAAAGAACAGUGAUGAUCCAACUCUAAAGUACUUUUUCGUGAGAUAUGUCUGUACAUAUGGACGUAAACGCAGUUCCUCAGAGUCAGAUGCUUGCGUUCAGGAUGUAGAUGAUGAUAGUAAUAAUCAUUCUUCUGAAGAGCAUACAACUUCUAACUCGCCAACACAACCUAGGCAAAGGAGACGACGUCGGUCAUCUACGUCGAAAUAUUGCCAUUGUCAAUCAGGAUUUUGGGUCCGGGCAGUAAAUGAACGAUAUAUUUCUGUCGAUCCAUCGAAACGACAGUUGACCUCAAGUGAACGCUUGUAUUUAAGAACGUUUCUACUGAGUAAUACACCAACUCGUAGCUUACGGUAUCUGGUUUCUUGGAAGUUCAAUAAACAGCUUACCAAGGACGAUAUCGCCAGAAUGCGUUCACAGUUGUACCCAGGUUGUUGAACUCACAUUGUAAUUAAUUGAGUUUAGACACUAAAAAUAUCAAUGACAUUUUACAGCGCGUUCAAGCAAAUACUGAAGUUAAAGUAUUCAAUGAAAAUGGGAACAUGUCUAUGAUUUGCUUCAGCCGCAGAAAGCAAAUAGCUGUUUACCACGCGUUCCCGAAGGUAAUAUGUAUUGAUUCGACUUAUCAGACCAAUAAAGUCGGUUUUCCACUUUUCCAGCUAAUGGUGACUGAUAGUCUUGGGCAAGGGCACACUGUUAUGUAUGCUCUUUGCAGUCAAGAACGACGCGAAGAUGUCAUAUUUUGUAUGCACAUUCUAAAGAUCUGAUUCGUAGAGGUAUGUGUGUUCCUUUAUCUCUAUAAGUUUUGUAGACUUAUUUCGACAUAGCAACCGGUGGACAAGAAAGUAUAUAAUGGACCUGGUUCUUCGUGCGCUGGACAUCUCAAUCUCUACAGGGAGUGAUGAUCUGCUAGAGAAGUUCACUAGCAACUACCACUCAAUCCAUGCUCUUAGUGAACCUUCGGCAAGUAAACUCAUCCGUUUAUGCCUCGAAGCAUCGUAAGACAUGUGCGCACAAGUGAUGAGUUCAAUCGGUGCUAAUGAUGAAGGUACAACGUCAGAAUCCAUUGUUAAUGCAGACCAUAGCUAUGCUUCUUGAUAACAAGAAGUCCUGAUAUUGUAAUCUUUUUAGUUUUACAUAUAUUCACUUAUAUGGCCA